GGCUGGGACGCAUCGUGGCCAGCAUUUCUUCUUACGUGCGUCCUAGCGCCAAGAGGCGUUCAUCACUGUCGAUCUUGUUCUACUGGGCUUCUACUCAUUCCUCGAUUCCGCGGGCUGUCAUGGCCCCAUAAUCCCGAUCGUCCUCGAUACGGAGUAACCUCGCUGGUCUUAUCGCGACUAUCAAAUGGCCCACUGGAGAGAGGAGUACUUUGCCGCUUUGGCGGCUCGCGAUCGCCGAGAGAAGGCCAACCUUGCUAUCUACAAUGCAUAUACCCAACUAGCUGAUCGGACCGCCCAAUCCACAACCGCCGGAACCAACCCCACGAUAUCAGGCAAGGUCGAAGCCGCGGGCUCUGCACCACAUUCGCCUGCGCUCGAUCCCAGAAAACGCCCGUCGAAUUCCCCGGAAACGUCUGCUCAUGACCUUCUCUCCGAGGCUCGUGCCGAGCUGUCAGAGGCGCAACGAUCUCGCUCGGAGCUACAGGACCGGUUGACCCGUACAGUUGCCGAGUUGGAGAAGCUGCAAAAGAACGGCACCCGAGAUGCGCGGCGGAUUGCGAAUUUAGAAAAUGAGGUCACUCAUCUCCAUAUGCGCCUGAAGGAUCGUGACGAGGAGCUGAAAGGCAAGGCAAAAUUGCUUGAGGACAUCCAGGAUGAAAUGGCAUCCCUUACCCUUCAGCUGAACAUGGCCGAAGAGCAAUCUGACAAGCUGAAACAAGAGAACAAGGAGCUUGUGGAUCGUUGGAUGGUUCGGAUGGGUAGGGAAGCAGACGCCAUGAACGACGCUUCCCGGUACUCUUGAAAUUCGUUUCGACGGCCUUGAACCCUUACUGGUUCAGCCUUGGGCCCAGAAUUCUCCUAGUCGGGAGACAUCUUUUAAUUUCUGGUCUUGUUUCGAGCCUGGGAGUGAUGUUGACUCAUCUAUUUCCAUUAUCUCUAUGCACAAUAUGUAUGAUACCCAUGAUUUAUUCACAUCGUGUCUGAAUGACAACGCAGCCAAUGCCGAUUUCAUUGCCUUCUUGGCGAUAGGAACCGCAAAAUUUAGAUGGCAAGCCCAAGAAAAAGAAACAUGAACGAAGAAGAAACCGGUAAAAAAGACA